GGUUGAGCGCGUAAUUACGUCACAUAAAGUUACGUUAGUUACGUUACGUAUCUUCGAGAGAGCAGGAAGUGUGAUGUGGCUUUGACUUGACAAACAUGUCGGCCAUUUUCAACUUCCAGUCACUGUUGACAGUGAUUCUCCUCCUGAUCUGUACCUGUGCCUACAUCAGAGCACUGGCUCCCAGCCUGAUAGACAAGAACAAGACCGGGCUUCUAGGAAUUUUCUGGAAGUGUGCCCGAAUAGGUGAACGGAAGAGUCCGUGGGUGGCUUGCUGCUGUGUCGUCAUGGCUUUUAGUAUACUGUUCCUACAAUAGCAGUCCACAGAAAACCACAAAUGGAAACAUUGGGGAAAUGAAGAGACAACAAGGCAUGGACAGUACGAUCCUAAAGCACAACAGGACCUCCAGUGAUUGUCACUCAGAUAAAGUAAAACCAGAGAGCAGUCAUCACUCACCGUAGCCACGGAGAGAGUAAAUGUGUCCUGUGUGGGGGAGGGAGGAGCUGAUAGCCAAGGAGUGUGUCUAGAUCCCUCUGCGGACUCCCAGGUCCUCGUGUUUGCUAAUGUGGAAUGUUUACUCCGGAUGUGUGUGGGGGGCCAACGCUUUCUGUUAUCUGCCAUUUAGUUUAAAGAAGAGUCAGUCACAUUCUGGCAUCAUUGGUGGGAUCAAAAUGACACAUUGUUUGUCCAAACAUAUCACACUGAUUUAUUUUUCCCCUUUCAGUUUGUCACAAUUGCAUCAACCGGUUGGACAUUUUCCACAAAAAGGACCUUUCUAAACUGUUAUGCGAUUCACAUGAAGGCUUAUAUUUGUAAACAGAGUUCUAGAGGAGUGACUUAAAGUCAUCUCGUCACCCUCUUUCUAACCUGCGCCCUGUUUGUUGUAUUCAGAAAUGGUGAUCGUAUUCAACAGCAAACAAAAUGAUACUCUAGCUCUUCAGGUGGUUAAUUGUCCCACAUGUUUGUCUCAAAGAGCUGCUGAUGUUAUUAAAGUCAGUCAUUUUGCCGCUAUUUAUUAAAGAACCUUUUUGGAAAUCUGG